GGAAAUUCUGUGUUUCACUGUGGCUAGCUAGCUUCACUCUGUUCAGACUGGGAAUAUUCACACAACUACUUCGAAAAGGAAUGCAGCACUCGUAGCCAGCCAUACUUGAAUCUCAAGGCAUCAUCAUUCCAGUCAGCACACCAUGGCUGGCUUCAGACAAGAGGAUGUUGAGAUGUAUUAUGAGAUGGGAGAGGAACUGGGCAGCGGACAGUUUGCCAUCGUUCGUAAGUGUAAAGAGAAGAGCACAAGUAUAGAGUACGCAGCCAAAUUCAUCAAGAAGCGAAGGUUGUCCUCCAGCCGGCGUGGGGUGAGCCGCGAGGAGAUCGAGCGCGAGGUCAACAUCCUGCGGGAGAUCCAACACAGCAACAUCAUUACCCUGCACGACAUCUUUGAAAACAAAACUGACGUGAUCCUGAUCCUGGAGCUGGUGUCCGGAGGAGAGCUGUUUGACUUCCUGGCUGAAAAGGAAUCUCUGACGGAAGAAGAGGCCACCCAGUUUCUCAAGCAGAUCCUGGACGGCGUUCAGUAUCUACACUCCAAACGCAUUGCUCACUUUGACCUCAAGCCAGAGAAUAUCAUGCUGCUGGACAAGAACGUCCCCAACCCCAGGAUCAAGCUGAUUGAUUUUGGGAUUGCUCAUCAGAUUAAAGCAGGAAAUGAGUUCAAGAACAUUUUUGGAACACCAGAGUUUGUUGCUCCAGAAAUAGUCAACUAUGAGCCACUUGGACUGGAGGCGGACAUGUGGAGCAUCGGAGUAAUAACGUACAUCCUACUGAGUGGUGCUUCUCCAUUUCUGGGCGAGACCAAGCAGGAGACGCUGACAAACAUCUCAGGCGUCAACUACGACUUUGAUGAGGAGUAUUUCAGCAACACCAGUGAGCUGGCCAAGGACUUCAUACGACGUCUGCUGGUCAAGGAUCCCAAGAAGAGAAUGACGAUUGAUGAUAGUCUUCAGCACCCCUGGAUUAAGGUGAUUAAGAGGCGAAAUGUCCGCCAGGAGGAGAGAGACCACAAGACUGAGCGCCGACGCCUGAAGACCACUCGUCUGAAGGAGUACACCAUCAAGUCCCACUCCAGCAUGCCACCCAACAACACUUACGUCAACUUUGAGCGCUUCUCCCAGGUCCUGGAGGAGAUCGCGGCAGCAGAGGAAGGCCUGAGAGACCUGGAGCGCAAUCAGCGCUCAUGCCGGGAGGACGUGGCGGCGCUGCUUUCCAUAUACGAGGAGAAGGAGGGCUGGUACAAGGAGGAGAACCAGAGCAUCUCCAGCGACCUGAGCCAUAUCCGCCAAGAGCUGCAGCGCACUCAAGCCCAGCGCAAGAAGAGCCAGGAGGAGGCCAGGCUCACCAUGCAGGCCGCCAACGCCCUCAAGCGCAAGUACGGGCGCCUGGAAAACCGCUACGAGGUCCUGGCUGAGCAGGUGGCCUCGGAGGUCCGCUGGGUGGAGGAGCUGGUCAAGUCCAUGAUUGCAGAGAAGGGUGGCCUCGGCAGCAUGCCCUGAGCCAGACUGACGUCCAAUCAUGACACUCUGAUUCUCAAGUUUCCUCCUGCCUGUCUUCUCUGCACGUGUCCCACACAGUGCAGUUUGAGUGGGUCAGAUGUCAUCAUAAGCUGUGCUGCUGCUGCCCAUCGAGAAAAAUGUUCCACCCUCUUUACGUCACGCUCGAGAGAGAACCAGCAAGAAGCAGACAGGUAAAAUGUUGAACCCAUUCCCCCAUUAAAUGGUCAUUCCUGUGUUAUGAGUUAAUUUAUAAUUUUAGAGAUUUUACAUACUGUUAUUUGACAAAAUGAUUAGCAAUUUGAAACUAUAUUGGCUUGUCUUUUUUUAUUUUAUUUUUUGCAAUUGUUCUUAGCCUGGUUAUCUUUCAGAACUUCAUUACAUCUGAAUGUCCUGGUGCUGUAAAAGCCAUAGAUGUCUGCUGAUUCACUCUUGCCUCAGGUUGUUGGCCAGUUACGUGAGAAGGCUUCACAACAUACAGCUCAUAGUGUCAGGGGUAUUUAUUUAUCCGGUUACAUUUCCGAUUCAAUUGCAGCUCACAUUAAACACAUUAAACGCUUAGCAAAGAAGAAAACAAAUGUUUUAGUGAAAUGCUUUAUUUUGCAGAUCUGCGAUUUUUUUUCCUAAUAAUUUCUAAAUGAUUUCUUGAAAGUUUCCUGGAAAUAACCACAUAGUUUGUCCUCUAAUUAUGACACAUUUUGGACAUCCAGUUUACUUGCUAUCUGCUGGUUAAAAAAACUCAAGGUUGCGCUAGCUUAGCAUUUAGCAUUUAGCUUUAUUUUACCUAUAAUAAGUACCAAAUUGCAUGUUUCUUUCCAGGAAACCCCCUAGGAAAUAAUUUGAUAAAGAAUUUACAGACCCGUAAAAAUUAAGUGUUUGGAAUGUAUAAACUCAUCUUUGCAGUGCCUGUAAACUGAAUGACCGUAUUGCCUCUGCGAGCACUCAUAAAUCACCAAGUUAAUGACAUUUCUAUCACAUUGAUAUUGCUCAAUGUCUUUAAUGCAAUAACUUUUGCACAUAAGCCUUGUAAACCAAAUAGUGUGCUUGGAAACUUUCUCUGUAUGCUGUAACUCUUAGUGUCUCUGUUUUCAUUCUGACCAUCUCUGCAAACUCAAAACAUUCCACUGAUAAGUUUCACAUCCAGGCAACACAUUCCCCAUGUAUAGCAUUGAAAGUGUAUCAUAUAGUCAGUAGUUUUUUUUCAGUAUAGGAAUGUACUCAUUUGCACUUAAAUGAUUAUAGCAGUGUUCCAAAAUCUAUUUUAUUCUGUCUAUAAAUUGUAAGAAAGAGCUUAACUGUCUGGGCUUGUUUCAAAUAAAGUUAGCACUGUUACCAAGUCA